AUGCUAGAGGAGAAGAUACCUUUUGAACCAUUGAGCGUAAACCUCCACACGCCGUUCUUCCCUCCAUCAUUAGCCCAACAAAAUGGACCUCGAAGCCUGCCCCCACAGUUCAAAUUUCCAUCAUUGCCGCUGGAGGUAGCGUCUUCUACGAUAGACACUCAGGAUAUAGGAUCUGCGGAUGGUUGGAUUCCCCGUGAUCCUCGGCUCGUCCGGUUGACGGGAAAACAUCCAUUCAACGCGGAAGCGAAACUCAGGGAUCUGUACAGUGCAGGAUUUUUCACGCCUAGCAACCUGUUUUAUGUCAGGAAUCACGGUGCUGUUCCUGUGGUUAAUCAGGACAGGGCGGAAAAAUGGGAGCUGAGGAUACACGGGUUAUGCGCAAAGCCGGCGACAUUGACUCUGAAAGAUUUGCGAACAAAGUUUCAAGUCGUAACCAUCCCAGUAACAUUGGUUUGUGCUGGAAAUCGUCGAAAGGAACAAAAUAUUGUCCAACAGUCGCUAGGAUUUAAUUGGGGAGCGGGCGGCCUCUCCACAGCGCUCUUUACUGGCGUGUAUCUAUCUGACGUGUUGGAACAUGUUCAUCCGACCAAGCCUGCGAAGCAUGUCAUCUUUGAAGGGAGCGACGAGCUUCCCAAUGGACCCUAUGGAACAAGUCAACUACUCUCCUGGGCUCGGGAUAAGGGGAAGGCAAUGCUGCUAUCCUGGGCGAUGAAUGGUCUUCCACUCGAGCCUGACCAUGGGUUUCCGCUUCGACUCGUGGUCCCUGGCCAGAUUGGCGGGAGGUCAGUAAAAUGGCUCUCUCGCAUCGAAAUAUCGAAGACGGAGAGUCAACAUCACCUUCAUUUCCACGAUAACAAAGUUUUGCCGACGCCCGUAGGACCUGAGAAAGCGCGAGCGGAAAAGAACUGGUGGUAUGACCCAAGAUAUAUCAUUCGCGAGUUGAAUCCCAAUAGUGCGAUCGCACGCCCAGACCACAACGAGGUUUUAGACCCAUCCGACAUGCCGCCGGAUGCAACGUAUCAACUCAAGGGAUACGCUUACGCCGGCGGUGGCCGUCGUGUUUCACGCGUCGAAAUCUCUUGGGACGAUGGGGACUCAUGGAACGUUGCGAAAAUCACCUAUCCUGAAGAUCUCUUCCGUGAUGUUGCAUAUUCCGAUUCCGUAUAUGGUCGGUUGGAUUUGACUGAAUCUGACCUCUGCUUCUGUUGGUGCUUUUGGACUUUUGAUAUGAAUAUAGAGAUAUUGAGAGGAAGCGAUGUGGUCAUGGUGAGAUGCAUGGAUGAAUCGCUCGCUCUUCAGCCUCGCGACAUGUAUUGGAAUGCGACUGGAAUGAUGAAUAAUUGGUGGUUUCGUGUUCGCGUCUGUCAAAUUGAAGACGGAAAGCUUCAAUUCGAGCAUCCAACGAUGGCGGGAAGGCAGGAAGGCGGCUGGAUGCGGAGAUUGAAAGACGAUGGGUUGGAUCCUUCGAAGCCCAAAUUUUUUAUGCGUCAAGAGUCGGGAAUAUAUUCCAUUGCGAAAGGGAUAGAGCAAGCGCCAGAUGUAAUCAUGACCAAACCGAAUAUCAAGCGGAAAAUCCGAAUGGAGGACUUGACGACGGCGGAGGCCAAGCAGAAAGCCUGGUUCGUGGUGCGCGGGGAGGUUUAUGAUGGCAGUGGUUAUUUCAAGGAACAUCCUGGCGGGGCGGAGGCCAUCAUGCUUGUCGCUGGAGAAGAUGCAACUGAAGAUUUUAUGGCGAUUCACAGUUCCGACGCCAAAAAGAAGCUCGCAGAAUUCCACAUCGGGACACUCGUCGAGCCAUACAAAAUGGUUCCGCAAGUCAACAUCUCAGAUAACGACUCCCAAGGAUUUCUUAAUCCCCGAGUUUGGAAGAAAGUCGUGGUCUGUAGCAUUGAAUGCUUGCCAGGAGAAGCCAAGCGUAUCCGCUUCGCUCUGCCUGAUCCAGAACAACCGCUAGGCUUACCAUUCGGCCAACACAUAUACCUACGUUUGCGGACUAAAGCAAAGAAUUCCAAUGAUCGUGAAGGGGAGCUGAUACAAAGGACUUACACGCCCAUGAUUCAGAGAGACGCUAGAGGUUUCAUGGAACUACUGGUUAGAAUUUAUCGGCCGACGAGCAGAAGCCCACUGGGCGGUCGCAUGACGAUGGAGAUCGAUAGGCUUUCUGUAGGCGACGAAGUGGAGGUCAAAGGCCCAACUGGAAACUUUACGUGGAAAGGACAAGGGAUGGCCGUGAUGCAUGGUAAGGAAUAUCAGAUCAGAGAGGUCGGAAUGAUUUGCGCGGGGACCGGAAUUACACCUGUUAUUCAAGCGCUCCGUGGAAUAUUUAGCGACCCACUGAGCAAGGACGUCAGAGUCUGGGUUCUGGAUGUCAAUCGUUCCGUUGACGACAUCCUUUGCCGUGAGGAGCUCGAUCAAUUUGCGUUGGAACACAAUUCAAGGCUCCGCCUUCACCAUACGUUGACUGGCACCCCACCCAAAGGGUGGCGGUAUUCGACAGGGAGGGCGACUGAUGAGAUGAUCAAGAGACAUAUGCCGAUUCCCGGAGCUGGCAAAUUGAUUUGCAUUGGAGGACCGCUGGCCAUGAAAGAGUCAGUCACCACUUCGAUGAUAAAUAUGGGAUGGGAUUCUUCAGUGAUAGUAUGA